AUGUCCGCACCGCCUCCUCCGCCUCCGUCAGGACUGAUCGGAAAGACAGAAUACCACUAUUUCACCAAAGAUGGCGGACCCCCCAAUAAAGGGGCGGCUCCCUGCGGACCUCCGUCGUCUGGAGGAGCAGGCCUACCGCCGCCGUAUUCAUUCAUGCCUCCUCCUCCUCAAGCACCCGCCAAUCCUGGACCCAGCGGUCCAUUCUUCAUUCCACCGACCUCUGGGUUCCCCGGCGCAGUGUGUUUCCCCGGUGGUGGACCUGCACCACAACCUCCACCACCUCCAUCAGCAGGAGCCGUUUGGUUUCAGCCACCUCCCCCUCCGGCUCCUCCAGCUCCGCCUGCUGCAGCAGCUCCGCCCCCGCCCCCUCCUGAUUAUCUAGGCGCAGUGGCUCACGCGGCUGCACAAUCACCCGAGCCUCCCGUCAGUGGGAACCGAGUCAAAGAUCGUCUCGUGGUAGUCACGGACAGUGGGACCGGAUACGUGGCAUCGAAGCAGAACGCGACGUUCCACCUCUUCACGUACAACGUGCUGGACAAGUACGCCGUCAACGCCAACAACCAGUUCUACAUACCUCCCCUCGCAUGCGAGCCGUUCCGGGUGAUGACGGCGUCGUGUUCCAUGCCGAUCGAAGAGCUCAUCGAGCAACUGGACUGCGUCAAGGAUGCGCCGGCGGGAUAUCCGCGCUACGCCAUUGGGCUGGCGGAGGCACUGGACGUGGGCAAUGGCUGGUUUCAGAUUGGGACCAAGUUCUUCCUCGACGAGCCGCAUUCGUCCAUGACUAUCAAGCAGACUUGGGGGGAGAGUGUUGGCGAGGCCGGCGAGUCUCGGCCACGAUAUCUGAUUCGGCUGCCGUAA